AGAGCCUACAAGUUCAGUGCCUUGCCAAAGAUGGAUACUUAAUUAAAACCAGUUUUAAUAAUGCCAGUUCUUUUUGAAGAAGAAACUGCAACAGACACUACCUCGACUACUUCUUCCGAGGAUGAAGGUCGGUCUAGCUCACGAAAACGUCCUCGGAAACAAUACAAUAUCAAAGUCAAGGGGAAUGGAAUUUAUGCGAUAGGUCCAAAAGCAAGAAUUGUAGAAAAUCACAGUCUUACUGAUGUGUGCCGAAGCUCCUUGGAAAAUUUUAAUGCAUUCCUGAAGACUGUUGAAGCUUCUCGGGGUCCUGAAGAUCAAAUCGAAUGUUCUGUUCUGACAGAAAUUCUCCCAUUUGUUGAAAGCAAUCACAUCCGAAAAGGAGGAGGCUGCAAUGAUUCUUUAGAAAUUCUGGCCAAACUUGGUUCACCGACACUCAAACGACCAAGAAUUGCUAAGCAUGUUUUGAAGCUGCUAAACAAGUUGGUUUUCAUAGACAUUGGAAGAGGUAUCACAAAUGCGGGACUUGUUGAAACGCACAGGUGCCUUAGCCAGAGCAUUGCUGAUGGAAGCUUUUCAGGAGAAUUGUGCCAUGACCAGAGACGCCGAGCUGAGGUCUACUGUAAUGUUUUAGUAGCGAUGACGAUAGGACGAACAAGGGGACAUUUUGCAUAUCCGCAAUCAGAGACGGACAAGAAGGAAAUAGAGCUGUGCAUCACAGGGACUGAAACGAUCCUCCGCUGUUGGUCUCUUCCAAGAAAGUAUCGUAAGCGUCUUUCUCUGGAGAUGAUCUUAAGCCUCCUAAAGCGUUCCCUAAAAAGAACCUCGAUUCAUGAACGAUUGAAGCAGUUGCUGGAUAGGUGUGAGUUAAUGAUUGAAGAUGCAUUUGUUGAAGAAGACGUUUCUUUCCUGCUCAAUGAAGUGAGGUGUGCUGAACAUGGCCAACUUGAUUUAUUCAUUAUUGCCAAGAUGCUUCAUGCUAAGAUGAAAAACCAACCAAGUACAAAAGCCUAUCAAAUCUUCAAAAAUAUUACAACAAAUCAUGCACUAUUUUCCCCUUCAUGGACCAUGAAACGUGAUCGAUAUGAUUGGCACUUUGUACUUCUUGCUUGUCAGAUAUUUCUGGAUGUGACAACCAACCAUAAUGUGAAAGCGACUCGAUUAGACGCCGCCGAAAUGCUGACAAGCUUCCGUGACAUUAAGGCUUACGCGAAAUCUAUGGUAGUAUGCAACAUUGUGGAGAAAUACAUUACUAAAGCCACGUUCGCCUUUGAUGUCGAAUCACGACAAUAUCUAAUGGCCAAACGCCACGAAGAUGAGGAGAAAAUAUCGUUAGACCUCCUCCGCAAACAAAUUUGUGCAGUCCACGCCACAGGCUACUUGGAAAUUGUCGAAAAGAUUUGUCAAACUGAAAAUCACAUGUUGAUGAGGGGAACAUUCCUCGAUAAGCCUGUCACUGUCAAAGCGAAGUCCAUCUCUUAUUCAAGAUUGGUUGCUUCACACAAUGACAAAGUGUAUGCGACUGAAAGAUUCAUAGAGAAUCAAACCAGUAUUUGGCGAUAUCUCAGUAGAGAAGCAAAUGUGCACGUGCCCCUUUUGCAUGCAGAUGACACCAACAAAUUUCCCAAUCAUUACAUAAUGGAAUAUGCUGAGAAUGGUGACUUGCGCAGAUACCUUUUAUCUCGUCGUGAAAGGAAUACACCGUCAUACAGAGAGGCUCUUCAAAUUUGUCUUGCAAGCGCAAAGUCAAUUUAUUUUGUGCACCAGAAGUACGUUGUUCACAAUCAUCUCCGUGCAGAGCACCUUUUGGUCGGAUCAAAUCACCACUGCAUAAAAGUGUCUGGUUUCAGUCGAGCAAGACGACAAUCCAGCAAAAUUGAAUUCGAGAAAGAAUUCAAAGUAGAAAUCCUAAAUUCAGAUGACCCGUCAAUCAGAUGGACAGCUCCAUGGGGUCUUCAAAACGAUGGUGCAUUGUGUUGCAGCAGAUCUGAUAUAUGGGCAUUUGGUGUCGUUAUGUAUGAAAUCAUUACUUGUGGUGGUUUGCCUUAUGCCGAUAAGAGUCUGGAAAAAGUUCGCAACGACGUGCUUGCUGGACUAAAUCUCUCUAAAGAACAGCAUGUGAAAGACGGAUAUUACUCAAUCAUGCAGCGUUGUUUUGGAACGGAAUCAAUUUCAUUCUCGCAGAUCUGCUCUGAGCUACAAAAACUGAUUGAUCAGUGUGCUGUUGAAGAUGAUCGUCCUAUGGUCAUACCUGAAAACAUUUCUACCGUUUACAAACCGAUUAAUGAGGAAGUACAACAGAACAGCACUCAAGAAUUCUGCAAGCCUUUUCCAGCUAAUAAAACUAUUGAGAACCUCUCUACAGUUUACAAACCGAUUAAUGAGGUAGUACAACAGAACCGCACUCAAGUAUUCGGCAGGCCUUUUCCAGUUAAUGAAACUCAAUCAAAAAGCCGAUUCGAGAUCCGACAAGCAAUUCUUCAGGAUGAGAGUAUUCACCAUGUCAAGAAACUAACAGCAUUGUGCCACCCACAUCUAGUAGAGAUUUUAAAAGUGCAAAAGAAAUUAAACAAUGCAAGUGUCAUUAGCUAUGAACACUUUUCUGGACAAAGACUAGGCGAUCACAUCAGAAGCAAACCAUGUACAGUCGACGACUUGAUCAGUUUAUGUGCACAAAUAUGCUCAGCAAUGUGCUAUCUACAUUCAAAAGACAUUGUUCUCUGUAUUCUUACCAUGAACAAUGCCAUCAUUCUCAACGGAAGACAUGUGAAACUAGUGGGUCUUCAGAACACAAGAAGUCUUCCGACAUCGCAUGGAAGUACAAGCAGUCCUAUUUGCACUGCUAGAGUAGACGUACAACAGUACUUGUAUCGCUGGUACCCCCCAGAGGUCAUUCAAGAGGGCGUUUUCUCAAAAGAAAGUGACAUUUGGUCAUUUGGCAUGCUAAUGUGGGUAAUUCUUUCUUCCCUCGAUGAACUGUACGACAAACAAGAUUUGAAGCCAUUUCCGUUGUAUAAAGACAGCGAGAUUCUGGGGAAAUUAAAGUGCAAUUCCCGCCCAUUCCAGACGCCCAAGUGUCCAGAUUGGAUGUAUGUUCUUAUGACACAGUGCUGGCUUUACAAUGCCAACGAAAGAGCUUCAUCCGAGUCCAUUUUGGAAUGUUUAACACUAAGAUGUCCAUGGGAAUCUAGUAUUCUCCAAAACUGGCUUGAAAGGCAUGAAGUUUGCGAAAACUGGCCUGUCCUCAAAGUUGACAACAACGUUAAACAAAAUAGCGGUGGUCAGUUAACUGCUCCAACACGUGGAGAUGUCAUGGAGUCAUUAUCGGAAGACUUUUUUGGCGAGCAUAGCUACCACUACGCUCAACCAUCGUGGAGUAUUCGAAGAACGCUUAAAAGGUUGGGAAAUCAUAUACUGUCAAUUGUUCCAAGAAUAAAGUCAUCUUCAAAAGUGCAAAAGACACCACCAACAGUACCAUAUUCAAGAGCGUCAUCAAUGCCUGCUCCCGCCUUACCUGAUGAAGUAGUUCACGUUAAAUUCCAAGAACGUUGUUAUGACCACAAAGAAGGACCAAUGCAAAUCAACGGAAACAAGAGCAAAGGAAUUAUUUUCGAUCAGUCUGAGGAAGACGAUGACAAAUAUCAAAUACCUUGCCAGAGCUUUGAGAAAGCACAUUACGCAAACUUGUGCAAACCAACAGAAAUUUGCCAAGAAGAAGGAAUGCUGAUCGACAAAAACAAAAGCAAAGAAAUUAUCUAUGAACAGUGUGAUGAAGACAUAGACAAAUAUCAAUUACCUUGUGAGAGCCUUGAGAAACCACAUUACGCAAACUUGGGUAAACCUACAGAAAGCUGCGAAAAAGAAGCAGUGCUGAUCGACAGAAACAAAAGCAAAGAAAUUAUCUAUGAACAGUGUGAUGAAGACGAACACAUAUAUCAAAUACCUUUUGAGAGCUUUGAGAAACCACAUUACGCAAACCUGGGCAAACCUACAGAAAGCUGCAAAGAAGAAGGAAUGCUGAUCGACGAAAACAAAAGCAAAGAAAUUAUCUAUGAACAGUGUGAUGAAGAAGGCGUAUAUCAAAUACCUUGCCUUGAGAAUCUACAUUACGCAAACCUGGGCAAACCUACCGAAAGCUGUCAUCAAAAAUUUAUUACAAAUUCAAGGGAUAGCUCGAUCACACCUUACGCUUGCUCGAGACCAUGUAUUGCACGUUGUUCCUUAUCCGCAGAGCUACAAAUGGAAAACUUACUCACCGUUAGUGAAUCAUCAAUUCAAGAACCACCAUCAGAGGCGUCAAUAGUCAAGCAAGAUUCAGACAAAGACCGACUGCUUUAUGACGAUGUUGGCGUGUAUGAUUCAGUUCCAGAAACAUCUCUAAUGAAUGAUAGUUCUGACGAAUGCAACAUGGAAGGUGAAAAUCAAUCAAUUCAAGAAUUGUCAUCAUUCCAAAGCACAUGCUCUGCCCUUGGAUCAAGUGAAAUCCUGAUCGGCAACUUUUGAGCAAGUCUCUGGAAGUCUGAGCAUUUCUUAACACGCUGUAAUUUUUAUUGUCACUGAACAAACACGAUGACGUCAUAUUUUUUUCUUUUUGGAAUGCAAUUAAUCACCGGUCACAUGAUCACGAAAAUACUUGUAUAAAAAGUAUAAAAGAAUAUUGUUAAAUUGCAUUUGUAGAUACAACAAGAUGAUAACGUGAAAGUAAGCCAAUAGAUACCAAUGGUCAAAGUAUAGUUCAUGUGUAAUCAUGGCAAAUACGGUUAACAAUAAACAGCACAUUUUCUUCAUGA